AUGUGUGAAUUCAUUUCUGACUCGAAACUUUUUGUCGAUCCCACUUACCGUUAUUCCUACCUGUUGAAAUUCAUUAAAUUCGGAAAAGAGGAUUUGAAACUUGUCAAAGAUUUUGGUCAAAUGGUGUUGAAUCCACUCAUUCCAAGUUUGGUUGAGGAGAUUCAAAAGAAAAUGACGAGUUAUGAUGUGACAAGAGAGUUGGUGCUGUUGGGACAUGUUAAACAAGCAUCUUCCACAGUAGUAUUGGAUUCUAGUGAUGAACAUGAUAUAGCAACAAGUGUCACUAAUCAAGAUGGAAGUAACAGCAAUCCACACAAUGAAUUUAUCUUUAAAAAGGAAAUUCAAAUAUUGUACUUGAAAAAAUUAUUCAUGAUUGGUGAAACAAUGGUCAAUAUUUCGAGUUCCUCAAAGGAUCAAAUCGAUCCAUCUGUUCUUAACUACAUUAAGGAAUUGGAUGAAUUUUGUCAAUUGCAUUUUGAAUGCCAACAAAUGCCAGUUGUCCACUUGAGUGCCUAUUUUGGGUUAUUGUCUGAUUUAAUUAUGGAAGAAGUGUUUGAAUCACAAAUGGCCGAAGCUUUAAAAAAGAAGACUUGGAUAUCGAUUAACAAGUUGUUUUGGAUUCAAAAUGAUUCAUUUACCAAAUCUCAUGUGGAUGAUGCCUUUAGACAUUUGACAUCAGGUGCAUGUUGUCCAGUGACAGGAGCUUUUGGAUCGUCAUGCAUGGCGAGUAACGGCGUGAACAAGUAG